CGGAAAAUUGUCUGAAUCCUCCUUUGGCCACGACUGCCGACACAAGCAAGAAAACAAAGUAAAUACCGGAGACUCUGGAGGAAUAACGGGCGCUUAAAACGGAGGUAGACCGGACAAGAGCUAAAAAGCCGGGUCAACAUAAACGAUGGGGGACGCUUGGGGAUCUUGGUGACCCUGUAACCUUUCUGCUGGACAGGUAAACCGCUUUAACAAAGUAAGACAAGUGUCUGUAACAGAAGUGUUUCUUGUCAAACGGACCUGCUGUAGCGUGUUGUAGCGCCAUCGCUAAACUGUCCUCCCUCGGGUCCUGGACUAUGUCACUUUAUCCUCGUUGUAGAAGUCCUGCAAACAUUGUGUUUGCUGGUAGUCUGUUGGCAUCUACAGUAGCACCAAUGCUUUUGACUUUCACCUUGACUGGGCCCCAUUUGUAAUGAUCUGAAGUAUUUAUCUGCAUUAUAUCUGAAUUUAACUGGAACGAUACGAGCGAGCAGGAGCGUCUGUUUGUGGGCGGGGCUUGAGAGAGAGACAGAGAGAGAGAGAGAGAAAGAGAGAGAGAGAGACAGAGAGAGAGAGAGAGAGAGACAGAGAGAGAGAGAGAGAGAGAGAGUUUCUCUGUGUUGUCUCUUUAACUCUGUGGCUCUAAAACAGUUGAAGUGUGUUUCUGCUCGAUGAGGUUUCUAUGAGGUGAAUAAAUGUUGGUUCAGUUGAUCUUCAGGACGGCUGCAGCUUUAAGAACUUCUGCUUGUUGGAGUUUGAGAGUCUAAAGUUCACAGAGACGCUCCUCCUCCUGGAUUGUAGACAAACUGGAUCCCCCUCCCUCGUCUCUCACAGCUCACUCCACUCUGCACUCUCACUUCCUUGUUCCCUCCCCUUCCUUCCUCCCUCCCCUUCAGAUCUACAGUCUUGGUUGGGUGUAACCUCCGUGUGCUGAGGUCAUAUCCUGCUGACUCACUCAUGUUGUUGAGAUCAGAGCUCAGACUAGUUUCACUUCUCAGGAAAUAAAACUCAGUCAGUCGUCGUCGACAGCGAGUGUUGAAAUGGCGCAGAAAGGAGUUCAUCUGGACCGUGAGUCUUUCUCUUGUUCCAUCUGUUUGGAUCUUCUGAAGGAUCCGGUGACUGUCACCUGUGGACACAGCUUCUGCAUGAGCUGUAUUCAAUCCUACUGGGAUACUGAGGAUGAGAAGAAGAUCUACAGCUGUCCUCAGUGUAGAGAGACCUUCAUACCGAGGCCUGUCCUGAAGAAAAACACCAUGUUAGCAGGUUUAGUGGAGGAAGUGAAGAAGAGCGGACUCCAAGCUGCUCCUGAUGGUUCCUCUGAGGCUGGACCUGAAGAUGUGGCCUGUGACGUCUGCAGUGGGAGAAAACUGAAAGCUGUCAAGUCCUGUCUUCAAUGUCUGGUUUCUUACUGUCAGAUUCACCUCCAGCCUCAUUUUGAAGUUACUCCAUUAAAGAAACACAAGCUGGUGGAGCCCUCCAAGAAGCUCCAGGAGAACAUCUGCUCUCGUCAUGAUGAGGUGAUGAAGAUCUUCUGCCGCACUGAUCAGAAGUCCAUCUGUUCUCUCUGCUCUGUGGACCAACACAAAGGUCACGACACAGUCUCAGCUGCAGCAGAAAGGACUGAGAGGCAGAAAGAUCUGGAGGAGAGUCGAGGAAACAUCCAGCAGAGAAUCCAGGACAGAGAAGAAGAUGUGAAGCUGCUCCAACAGGAGGUGGAGGCUAUCAACGGCUCUGCUGAUAAAGCUGUGGAGCACAGCCAGGAGAUCUUCCGCCAGCUGAUCCGUCUGAUGGAGAAACGCCGCUCUGAGGUGGAGCAGCAGGUCAGAUCCCAGCAGGAACGUGAAGUUAGUCGAGUCAAAGACCUUCAGGAGAAACUGGAGCAGGAGAUCACUGAGCUGAAGAGGAAAGACGCUGAUCUGCAGAAGCUCUCACUCACAGAGGACCACAACCAGUUUCUGCACAGCUACCCCUCACUGUCAGAACCGGGUCAACCUGCAGACUCAUCCAGAAUCAACAUCCGUCCUCUGAGAUACUUUGAGGAGGUGACAGCAGCUGUGUCAGAGCUCAGAGAGAAACUCCAGGAUCUUCUGACAGAGACGUGGACAAACGUCUCACAGGCCGUGACUGAAGUGGAUGUUUUACUGUCAGAACCACCAGAACCAGCAGAACCCAAGACCAGAGCUGGUUUCUUAAGAUAUUCACAAAGAAUCACACUGGAUCCAAACACAGUAAACAGAGAGCUGUUAUUAUCUGAUGGAAACAGAAGAGCAACAAGGACAGAAGAAGAACAGUCUUAUCCUGAUCAUCCAGACAGAUUCACUGAUUAUAAUUUUCAGGUCCUGAGUAGAGAGAGUCUGACUGGACGUUGUUACUGGGAGGUGGACUGGAGAGGGGGCGGGGUUGAUGUAGCAGUCGCAUACAAGACUAUCAGGAGAGACGGAGACUCAAAGGAUUGUAUAUUUGGAUUCAAUGACAAAUCUUGGAUGUUAGUCUGUUCUAAAGACAGUUAUAGAUUUGUUCACAACAAAGUCUUCACUGAUGUCUCAGGUCCUCCGUCCUCCAGAGUAGGAGUGUACCUGGAUCACAGAGCAGGUAUUCUGUCCUUCUACAGCGUCUCUGAAACCAUGACUCUCCUCCACAGAGUCCAGACCACAUUCACUGAACCUCUACAUGCUGGACUGUGGUUAGGCUGGUCUGAUGGAGACUCUGCUGAGUUUAUAGAAGUGAACUGAAGAGAAUUUUGAGUCCAUCAGACCAAAAUCAUGGACUGAGAUCCUUGAACUCUUGAAAUGUUCUGGUUUGUAAAUGUUUGUGGAUCAGUCUCACCAAAAACUCUGGGUUUAGUUCUUCAUUUCAGCUUUUUGAUUCUUUUCUAAAGAUGCUGAUUUGGUCGCAGCUUUAAGGACAGUGAUUGUGGAGAACUUUGAUUGUUUGUAUUUCUCAUGUUGAAAAAUCUUCAUCCAGUUUGAUAUCAACAACAUCAAGAUGAUGGUUUGUUCAAAUCACCUUCAGUUGGUGCAGAUGUUGAAGGUCUGAGACUUUAGAAAAAAGUGAGGUCAAAAUCACAGAAAAAGGACGACCUUAUUUCCUGUCCCAAAUCCAAGCGUCUAAAGUCUUUCCAGUCGUCCCCAAAAACUCUUCAGAUGAUCUGUUUCUUUCUCUGUUUGCUGAAUAUUUGUGUUCAUGUGAUCGAUGGAUAUUUCUGUCUGCUUCUGUUGGAUCAGUGUGUUUGUAAAGACAUCUAGAAUCAGACUUUGGACAGAUCUACAUGUUGUUAUGAGCUUUUCAAUCACUCUAAUAAUAAUAAUCACAUUUAUUAGUCCGACUGUUUGGAUGUUUCUGACUCAGCUCAGAUUGUGGUCAAGUCUCUGAUUGUGGGUAAAAAAAUCAUAAAAAUCCUCAAACUGAGUCACUGAAAUCACCUCGUCUGUUUGUCUUUAUUGUGUCUGUUUCUGCUGGAUGUCAUGUUACCGCUCCGUCUGGGUCAUGGAUCCAUGUGGUCUUACAUGUCCCAGAUGUGAGUCCUGCAGCUGGAUCAGGUUUUCUGUAGAGGACAAAGACAGGAGGCAGGUUGUGUGUCUUUUUGAUUUGAUGUAACCAGACUAGUCCUGUUGAGAUCAUCAAUCUCUUUUUCAGGGGGGGUCCUGACCAAGAAUGGCAGCAAAAAACAAACACACUCAGACUCACACAGAUCCACAUCAGCAACAAGAACUCAGAGUUCAUAUGAGAGAGUCCAGCUGAUCUCUAGUCUGAGGAAAGAAGUCUGGUCCACAAGAAGAAAACCGACUUAAAGGUGAAGUAGACAGGAAUCUGUUAAAGAAGCAUCUUUAUGUUUUGUGGUUUUUAUAC